AUGUCCUUCAACUUCUAUGGUACACUCUGUCCUCGUUACAGGAAGACUCAGCUUCAGCUGUCGGCGUCGCGAAUCACGGUGAUGCGCAACAAGCGGCAGAACGAGCUCAAGUACAAACGGCGCGAGGUGGCGAUGAUGCUCAAGGGCGGCCAGGAGGCUCGAGCUCGUAUCAGGGUGGAGGAGCUUAUAAGGGAGGAGAACACGAUUGCCGCUUACGACGUCCUGGAGCUCUUCUGCGAGCUGCUGGUGGCCCGCAUCCUCAUUAUAGAGUCGCAGAAGACCUGCCCGGUGGACCUGCGGGAGGCGGUAUCGAGCAUCAUUUUUGCUGCCCCGCGCUGCUCCGACCUGCCCGAGCUCGCCGAGGCGAAGAAACUCUUCCAGCAGAAGUUUGGGCGUGAAUUUGUGAUGGCAGCAGAGGAGCUGCGGCCUGAAUGUGGGGUGAAUCGAAUUAUCGUGGCUAAACUCUCAGUUCGAGCUCCCUCCCCCGAAUCGAAACUAGAGGCGCUGCAGAAAUUGGCAGAGGAGAAUGGCGUGGAGUGGGACCCGGCGAGCAUGCAGAAAGACUUGCUGGCGAAAUACGAAGAUAUGAUGCCAGUCUACGCAACUACCCAUCCGGACGCCCCCAGAACGCCCCCUCCUCACUACAACGUCUCCUUGUCCCCUUUUCCCCCUCUUCCCCUUUCCCCCUUCCUUCCUUUCCCCUCUUCCGACCCUCGUUCCAAUCAGCCGGUCUACACAUCUGCCCAUCCAGACGCUCCCAGGACCCCCCCUCCUCACGACUCCCCUUCCCCCCUAUCUCACUUUCCCCCAUUCCCCCACUUCUCCCCUUGUUUUCCCCCUGCUCAGGAUCCUCGGUCCAACCAGCCUGUCUACACAUCUUCCCAUCCUGACGCUCCCAGGACUCCCCCUCCUCACGACUCCAUGCCCAACAUGUUUGGCCCCGGGCAGCCCUACAAUCCCGGGCAGCCCGCAAAUGUUCCGGCGGGCAGCCAGCCGUACGAAACCGGCCCUCCAUCUGCCCCUCCUCGCACAGAAUCGCUGAUUACAGCAGAUGAUUAUGAGAAGCGUUGGGUGGGAGGGGCAGGCGGGCAGGGGCAAGCGAAUAACUCCCCCCACCCCGCAUCUGCUGCUGCCGCUGCUGGUGCUGCUGGUGCCGCUGGUGCUGCCGGUGCUGCUGGUGGUGGUGGCGGUGGCGGUGGUUAUGGUGCUGGUGGUGGUUCAGCUGGUUACACUGGCGUGGGUGGUAACCCUCUUGAUUACCCAGCAUCAUCUGUACCCAAGUAUGGAGAGGGUAAGGCUUUCAAGAGAGAUGCUAUGGAUUAUGCUCCUAGCAGCUACGGUGGAGGAGGGGGAAGAGGAGGAGGAGGGGGAGGGGGAGGGGGAGGGGGAGGGGGAGGGGGAGGGGGCGGAGGGGGAGGGGGAGGAGUAGGGGGAGGGGGAACAGCUAGUAACUACCAGAAUCAGGGUAACAACAACCCCAGUGGUGCGUUUUCCACAGAGGAGAUUCGGCAGGCGGAAAACGAGGUGGCGAGGGAAUUCGAUCGUGUGGCUGAGGAGAGAGAGCGCCAGAUGGCGGCGAUCCGUGAGUCGUCAGAGCGCGCCAGGCUGGCGGCGCAGCGGGCAUCAGAUGCCGCCCGGAUGGCCGUCGGGGGCGGGGGAGCGGGGGGGAUGGGGGGGAUGGGGGGAGGGGGAAUUGGUGCUGGGUAUGGAUCAGGGGCAGGAGGAGGAGGGGGAGGGAUGAUGGGCGGACAGGGAGGAAUGGCAGUGAAUGCUCGUUACGGGCCUAGUGCUUAUGGCGGCAUGGCAGGUGGAUCCCCAGGUGGUUCUGUUGCGCCAGUUGAUUCCUCUGUUGGUCCAGGUGGAGGGGGCGGGAUGCAUGAUGGAGAGGAAAGCUUGGAUCUGCCUGCUCCCCCCAGAGGAAUCGUGGGGGGAAGAGGAGGGGGGGGAGGGGGAGGGGGAGGGGGAGGGGGAGGAGCAGAAGGAGGAGGAGGUGGUGGGUUUGUGGGGGCGAGUGCAUUUGACGAUUUUGUGGCUAAGUCACCCCGAGCAGGGGAAACAGGUAGUGGUGGCUUUGGGGCAGGAGGAGCAGGAGGAACAGGAGGGUCAGGAGGCACUGGUGGUGGGUAUGGAGGAGAGUCAGCAGCAGCAGCAGCAGCAGCAGCAGCAGCAGCAAGCCACGGCACCCCAGCACAUGCUUUCGAUGACUAUGUUGCUCGAUCUCCCAGAGGGGGGGGCAACAACAGCAACAGCAACAACAGUGGCACUUUUAACGCCCCGUCCGUCCCAGCGGCGAGGUUUGACCGGCUGAGGAAGAGAACAGCUGCAUCGGAUGACCUGUGA